UUGGUGAUCCAACAUGGUCUCUUAUUCAGCUUGGACUUCUCCUCUGACACCGUAAGCUUAAGUUGUUGGAGCUCUUGUUUGAGUUCCCGAAUCCGAUCUUCAGAAGUCUUCUUCUCCGAGGACACCUUGGCAAGCUUUGAAGCCAACCAUUCGACACUAAAACCAGCUCGUUUCACAUCAGCCAACUCCUUGGAAACUUUGCUCAGUUCAUCUUCGUUACCUUUCUUUGUAUCUGCAAUUGGUUCCCCAUCACUUGAUAUUCCCGUCGUUAAAGCCUUUUUAAAUCGAUCGGAUAGUUACAAAAUGCCUCUAGUAUUUCCUGAUUCUGAUAAUGAGGAGUAUGUUCAUCUCGGUGGAGGAGAGAUGUAUGAUAGGGAUGAUUCUGAUGAUGAGGAGCAUGUUCUCGUAGAG